CGCAGGGGCCGUAAAGCGCGUUCUUUGGUAAAGGGUAUCCCAAGUAGUUGGAAACCAGCAGCAGAGCCUAAUGGUUUGGGCGCAAUGGCCCUCUGGGUUGGCUUAACUACAGAGGCUGAGAAAGCAGGAAGCGAAGGGGCGGUGCCUAGAAUGCCCUGAGUCACAGCCAUGAGGAGGGUCUUUGGCCUUGGCAGUAGGGGGCAGGCGCCCUCAGGCCCUGCAGGCGUGCAGGGCAGCUCCGGGGGUCCGCGGCCUAGGGUCGGUGUCAGGGCCGUGGGCAAGCUCCACAAGGCUGCCAGCACGGGUGACGCGGCCAGGGUGCAGCAUCUCCUCAUUCUGGGGAAAAGUGGCAUCAAUGACAGAGACAAGAAGUACAGGACCGCUUUGCAUUUUGCCUGUGCCUAUGGCCAUCCUGAAGUGGUGACUCUUCUGGUGGAGAGAAAGUGUGACAUUGAUGCCUGUGACAGUGAGAACAGUACCGCUUUGAUUAAGGCUGUACAAUGCCACCAGGAGGAGUGUGUGACUAUUCUCUUGGAACAUGGUGCCAAUCCGAAUGUUGCAGAUGCUAGUGGCAACACUGCUCUCCACUAUGCUGUCUAUUGUGAAAACUCAUCGAUAGCAGCAAAACUGCUUUCACACCAUGCAAAUACUGAAGCCAAAAAUAAGGAUGACCUCACACCACAUUUGCUUGCUGUAAGGGAAAAGAGACAGCAAGUAGCAGAAUUGCUUAUAAAGAAAGAAGCAAAUAUUCAUGCAGUGGAUAAGCCAGAAAGGCACAUUUUUGAAUAUGAAGAUAAGAGACUUAAAAAUUCUCAAAAUAGCCAUCCAGUAGUUGGACCUGAACCCAGGACCUCACACAUGCUAGUGGAUGAGAGUUCUGAAGAUUACUCUUUAACCAGGUUUUCAAACAAACCUGGUUCUGACUCCUGGCCUACAUCAGAUGAUGAUGACUAUAAUUUUGAUAACAAGAAUGUCCCCAAAAUAAACAUAACUGAGCUAUGGGCUGCUGCUCAACAAUCCAGGAAAAAUCAAACAAAAUAUGGCAUUGGGGAAGCAGGAAACAGAACCUUGCUUAAGGACAAUAUUUCUGUUAGUAAAAACAAAGAUGUGGUUGAAACCCUUCCUAAAACAUCAAUCAACGUCCAGAACUUUUCUCAGUCUUCCUUUAUAUCACCAUCACCUGACACAAAAUCUGGAAUGUUCUUCAUACCCUCCUGCCCACUUCCUCUCCCUUUCAAAAUAGGACCAAAGGAAGAAGCAACAGAGUCAGAAAUUAGAAAAGAAGAAAAUGGUACUUGUGUUAUUAAAAAUGCUUCACAAGAGCAAACAAAUGACAGUUUGACUCAGGUGGAUGCAGGGCGCAAAAAGUAUAAAAGUGAUAUGAUGUUUGCACUGGGAUUAGGAGAAGAUGAUGAAUCACCUUGGGAUUCUGAGAGUCUCUCUGAGAAUCUUCCACAGAAGUCUGUUGAUCAUUUAUCUGGACCUGCAGAUAAAAAAGGAAAACAUAGAGGAAACAGACAAGUAGAAGAUGUGAUUUAUAUACCUUCUUGCAUAAAUGGAUCAAGAAACUUUAAGAUCGCUAAACUGGAGGAUACAGGAAAUGUAGGCAUACCAGUAGCCCACAAGGAAUCAGCUGAGGAAUGUCUUCACUUGAAGCCUGCCAUUGAAAGGAAAAGUACUGUUCUGAAUAAAGCAGUAGCAAUGGAGGAUUUAUGGACAUGCAACUCAGAAGAACCAGAGGAAGAGCAAAAAAGGCUUGAUGGCUGUGAAAAUAGCCAUGAACAGGUUGAAGGAAACAGGAAGCAAAUACAUAAUGACAUGGAAGUAUCAGAAAAUGAGUUCAGUGGCAUUGUUACCACUACUAAUGGUGAUGAUGGGUUCAUUCAACAAAGAAAGAAUGGAAAAAAUGAUAACCAGCAAUUUCCUAUUAAGGAGAAUGAAGAACAUGAUAGUAGUGGUCCUGCCUUGCCUGUGAGGGAAAUAAAGAAAAAUGAAAAUGAACAGUGGAGCUCCACAGAAUCUAUGAUAUCCCCAGUGUUUGAGGAGGCCAAUUCCCUUCCUGGUGGCCUACUACAAGUGAAGGGUAGUUACAGCUUACAUGAUUCAAAUGAAAAUGAAGAAAGGUCCAUAAAGAAAACAUCUAAUGAAAACAGCAAGGUCAAAGAGCAAAUAGAUGGUGUGAAUGACUUUGAUGACUUAUCUCAGUCAUCUGAAACAGCCUCAGAGGAUUGUGAAUUACUUUACCCUAAGUAUGAGAAUAUUUUGCUGCUAUUUGAACAACUUAGAAUGGAAUGUAAAGACUCUGUAAGUGUAUUAAAAAUAUGGGAUGCGGUACAUUCAUAUAAAACAUCAAUAGAACUUAAAAAAGAUCAUGAUGAACUGCUUAUGGGGAAAAUUAAAAAACUGGAAAAUAAGGUUAGAAGACUACAGAAGGAACUAACAGAAAUAAAAGAAGUGAAAUCACAGUUAGAACAUGAGAAAUUACAUCGAGAAGGAGAGCUUGGCAAAUUAAGAUUUGCCUUACAACAAGAAGAAGAAAAGAGAAGAAAUGUUCAUCAGUGUUAUGAAAAAAUUAAAGAACAGUUAAGAAAAAAAGAAGAACAAUAUUAUCAAGAAGUUGAAGCAAAACAGCAACUUGAAAUUUCUCUUAGAACACUAGAUAUUGAAUUGAAGACUGUAAGAAAUAAAUUGCAUCAGGUUUUAGAGGAACAAAAUGACACCUUGAGGCAACUUUCUCAAGAACAGAAUUCCAGAAUGUUAAAAGAUGCGAUUCUGGCAAAUCACCUUUGUGAACAAAAGGAGAUAGAAACGGCACCAGAGAAAAUAAGUCCUGAGAUUUCUGUUAGUCAUGAAGAAGAUCUAUUGCAUAAAAAUCACAGGUUGCAGGAUGAAAAUGCCAGGUUAAGACUAGAAAUAGAUGCAAUAAAGAAUCAGAACCAGGCAAAGGAAAAGAAAUAUCUAGAAGAUAUUGAACUUGCACACAAAAAGAAUGAUGACCUUCAAAGGACAGUAAAACUGAAUGAGGAAACAAUAUUUCAGUGUAAUGGACAGCUUAAUAGUCUGACAGUAGAAAAUACAAUGCUAAAUUCUAAACUAGAGAAUGAAAAACAAAUCAAGGAAAGACUGGAAGCAGAAACUGAAUCAUACUGUUCCAGACUGGCGGCUGCUGUCCAGGAUUAUGAUGAAAGUCAGACAUCAAAAAGAGAUGUGGAACUUGCUUUCCAGAGAGCAAGGGAUGAGUGGUUUCGUUUACAGGACAAGCUGAAUUUUGAUCUAUCAAACCUAAAAGAUAACAAUGAGAUGCUUUCCCAACAGCUUUCUAAAGCUGAAAGAAAAUUCAAUAGCCUAGAAAUUGAGCUCCAUCAUGCAAGAGAUGCUCUUAGAGAAAAGACUUCAGUUUUAGAACAGGUGCAAAGAGACCUGAAGCAAACACAGUGUCAGAUGAAGGAAAUUAAACACAUGUAUCAGAAUGAACAAGGGAAAGUGAAUAAAUACAUGGGAAAGCAGGAAUCUAUAGAAGAGAGAUUAUCUCAACUUCAAAGUGAAAAUGCAUUGCUUCGACAGCAGUUGGAUGAUGCUCACAACAAAGUUGACUUUAAAGAAAAGACAGUAAUUAAUAUCCAAGACCAGUUUCAUGGUAUUGUGAAAACACUUCAAGGUGAGAGUAAAAAACAAAGUCUAAUACUGGAAGACAGAAAUAAAGAGUUAAUCGAUGAAUGUAAUCAUUUAAAAGAAAGAAUAUAUCAGUAUGAAAAGGAGAAAGCAGAAAAAGAAGGAGUUGUAAGACAACUUCAGCAAGAACUGGCUGAUACCUUAAAAAAACAAUCUAUGUCAGAGGCUUCACUGGAAAUUUCAUCACUUUAUCGCAUUAAUUUAGAAGAUGAGACACGGGAUUUAAAGAAGAACUUAAGUCAAAUCAGAAGUCAAUUGGAAGAAGAGCAGAAUCGACACACACAGGCUGCGCAAUGUGCUGAGAAGUUGCAACAACACCUACAAAAGCUUGAACUUGAAAAUUCCAGGUUAAAAGUGAAAGUUAAAAAGCAAGCAGGGAAAACUGAACAGCUUCAGAAACACCUGUUAAGUACAAAUUUGUCUGAAGGUGAUAAGGAACAAUUAAAAAAACUUACUGAGUUAACAGAAUCUCUGGAAUUUACUUUGGAUCAAGAAAAGAAGAAAAAUGGUGAAUUACAAAAAGAGCUAAUUGGAUUUAAGAAACUUUUAAAAAUGACAAAAACAAAGUUAAAUGAGCAGGAAAAUGGAGACUUUCAUGCAGAUUUAAAAUCCAAUGAGUUGGAUAUCCCAAUUAACAUGCUAAUACAUAAGGUUGAUGAUCUUGCAGCAAAACUGGAAACUGCAUCAUCCAAAUGUCUCCAUCUGGAUAAAAAUAAUGAUUUUCUCCAACAGGAGUUAUUAUCUAUGAAAAAUAUAGAAAAGAAAUGUGAAACACUAGAGAAGAAUGAAAAGAAGUUGGAACAAGAAGUAGUUAAAAUGAGAAGCCACCUAGAAAAGAGUGUGGUAGAACAUAGCCAAAUAGAACAGUAUAAACAGGAGAUUGAAGAAAGAGCCAGGCGGGAUUUAGUAGAAAAAUUAAGACAAGUCAAUCUAUUUUUACAGACACAAGCAGCAUCUCAAGAAAAUUUACAGCAAUUAAGAGAGACUAAUAAUGCUUCCAUGAGAAGUCAGAUGGAACUCAGAAUUAGAGACCUGGAAUCAGAGGUCUCUAAAAUGAAAAUUCAAGAAGAGACUAAUAAAGUACAAUUGGAAAAAUAUAGGCAACACUAUCUAGAAGAAUUAAAUACUCGAAAGUCAUUGUCCAGUAAACUAAACAAGGCUAAUGAGAGGCUAGAAGAGGCCAAUACCAAACUUCUGGUGGAAAAACAACAAAACAGAUCUUUACUGAGCACUGUUAGUACAAGACCUGUUCUAGAAUGUCCUUGUUUCGGAAAUCUUAAUCAUAGUGUGGUGUUCCAGAGAAGUUUUCUUCCCAGAGAAAACUUAGUGGUUCCUCUGUUAAACCCACAGCCUUCAAACAACAGCAUGGAGAGCUACCUGACCAAGAUGCGGCAUGAGUUGGAAAAAAGUAUAACUAGAGAAGUAAGAGAAGCUACUGCUGAAUUUGAAUCUGGAUCCUUUAAAGUUUCUCCCAUAAGAUCUGCUAAUAAAUCAAGCCAAGAUCUAAUGUCAGAAACAUCACAAGAAUAUCUGGAGAUUUUAAGGAGAAGAUACAUGAUCUGAAAAGAUGCAGCAUUUUAAUUUUUUCCCAUAUGGUGUAUGACAUGAGAACUGUUAAAAGAAAAAACACUUGUAUCAUAGGUACAUGAUAAAAAUUUAUAUACUACUUUAAACUGUUUGUUGACAUCUGUAACUUUUAAGUGAUAUUUGCAAGUAAAAACCAGUGCCACUGAGUUUUAUAGACUCAAACUUGCCAAAUUCCAGCUGUAUUUUUUCUCUCGGUACAGGGAAUUCAACUCAGGACCUUACACUUUCGAGGCAUCACUGAGCUAAAUUCCAUGCCCUGCAUCAGGUAUUUUAAAUCCACUC